GGGACCAAACGCGCAGCGUCGCUCUGCUUCAUGAACCCGAGUUGGCGCCACUUGGUGUGUCCUCUUACUCUUGGCCUCUGAGGCCUAAGGAGAAGUAAAUCAAGCCCAGGCCCCCAUGGGACGCUCCGUUACCCAGCAUGCACUGCUGCUGCUGCAGUGCUUGCUGGUCCUGCGCCCAGGAGGCGUGGCCAGCAGGAGAGGGCCCGUGCUGCUUCCUGAGUCGCCCUGCCACAAGUCCGAGCACCCACUCGUUCCACACGCAGAAAUGGAGCCGUGGAUGUUCAGGUUCAAAGCAGAGGGCACGGUGGAUUACUCACAGCUGACCUUUGACCCCGGCCAGAACGAACUGAUUGUCGGUGCCAGAAAUCACCUCUUCAGGCUGAACCUGGAGGACCUGACUCUGAUCCAGGAGGCCGAGUGGCACUGCGAUGAGUUCACCAAGGGAGCGUGCUUCAGCCGUGGAAAAUCUGAGGAGGAGUGUCAGAACUACAUCAGGGUGCUGCUGGUAAAUGGAAACAGGCUGUUUGCCUGUGGAACCAACGCAUUCACGCCCAUCUGCACCAACCGAACGCUGACCAACCUGACGGAGAUCCACGAUCAGAUCAGCGGAAUGGCCCGGUGUCCUUACAACCCCCUCCACAACUCCACAGCCCUCAUCACGUCCAGCGGGGAGCUGUACGCCGCCACGGCCAUGGACUUCUCCGGGCGGGACCCCGCCAUCUACCGCAGCCUGGGGGGCAUGCCUCCACUGCGAACGGCCCAGUACAACUCUAAAUGGCUCAAUGAGCCAAACUUUGUGUCUUCCUACGACAUCGGCAACUUCACCUACUUCUUCUUCAGGGAGAACGCGGUGGAGCACGACUGUGGCCGCACGGUGUUUUCUCGGGCGGGGCGCGUCUGUAAAAAUGACAUCGGAGGUCGCUUCCUCCUGGAGGACACGUGGACCACCUUCAUGAAGGCCAGGCUGAACUGCUCCAGACCUGGAGAAAUUCCCUUCAACUACAACGAGCUGCAGGGGACGUUCUACCUGCCCGAGCUGGAGCUGCUCUACGCCAUCUUCACAACCAACGUGAACAGCAUCGCUGCGUCCGCAGUGUGCGCCUUCAACCUCAGCGCCGUGUCGCAGGUUUUCAACGGGCCCUUCAAGUUCCAGGAGAACUCGCGCUCGGCCUGGCUGCCGUACCCCAACCCCAACCCCAACUUCCAGUGUGGCACCAUCACCUCCGGCUCCUACGUGAAUCUGACCCAGAGAAACCUGCAAGACGCCCAGAAGUUCUUGCUGAUGCAUGAGGUGGUCCAGCCCGUGGUGCCGGUGCCGUACUUCAUGGAGGACAACGUUCGCUUCACCCACAUCGCAGUGGACGUGGUGCAGGGCAAAGACAUGCUGUUCCACAUCAUUUACCUGGCCACAGAUUACGGCACAAUCAGGAAAGUGCUGUCUCCUCUAAACCGGUCCACGGGGAGCUGCCUAUUGGAGGAGAUCGAGCUGUUCCCGCCCAGGAAGAGGCAGCCGAUUCGCAGCCUGCUGAUCCUGCACAGCCGCAGCGAGCUUUACGUGGGCGUAAGAGACCAGGUCAUCAAGAUCCCACUCAAGAGAUGCAGCUACCACAAGGCCAGAGAAGCCUGCGUAGGAGCCAGGGACCCGUACUGUGGUUGGGAUCUGUUGCUGAAGAAAUGCACUACCCUGGAGGAAAGUGUCAGAAUGAGCCAGUGGGAGCAGAGCAUCACAAAGUGCCCUGUCCGAAACGUUACAGUGGAUGGAGGUUUCGGUCCCUGGUCCGGCUGGUCCACCUGCAGCCACACUGACGGCGACAGCGCAGGCUCCUGUCUGUGUCGAACCCGGGCCUGCGAUAGCCCCGCCCCUCAGUGCGGUGGCCAGUCGUGCUACGGGAUCAGCGUUGAAGUGGCCAACUGCUCCAGAAACGGGGCGUGGACUCCCUGGACGUCCUGGUCCCCCUGCAGCACCAGCUGUGGAAUUGGUUUCCAGGUGCGUCAGCGCUCCUGCAGCAACCCGACUCCUCGCUACGGGGGGCGGGUGUGCGUGGGCCAGAACCGAGAGGAGAGGUACUGCAACGAGCACCUGCCCUGCCCCCCACACGUUUACUGGUCGGCCUGGUCGGCAUGGGAACGCUGCAACGUGCCCUGCGGCGGAGGCAUCCAGUCCCGGCGCAGAACUUGUGAGAACGGCAACUACUGUCCAGGGUGUGGUCAGGAGUAUCAGCCGUGCAACACCCUGCCGUGUCCUGACCUUAAGAAGACCACGCCGUGGACUCCCUGGACGCCCGUCAACAUCUCUGACAACGGCGGCCACUAUGAGCAACGUUUCCGCUACACUUGCAAAGCUCGAAUCCCCGACCCCGGCCUGCUGGAAGUGGGGAGGCAGAGGAUCGAGAUGCGCUACUGCUCCAGCGACGGCUCCACUGGCUGCUCCACGGACGGCGAGGCGCUUCGUCUGGGGAGGAUCUCGGGCCACACGGUGAACGGCGGCUGGUCGGCCUGGGGGUCCUGGUCCCAGUGCAGCAGGGACUGUAGCCGAGGAAUCCGGAGCAGGAAGAGGACCUGCAGUAACCCCGAGCCCCGGUACGGAGGCCAGACCUGCCUGGGCCCGGCACAGGAGUAUCAGGAGUGCAACAUCACCCCAUGUCCAGAAGUCUCCAUCGCACGCUCCAGUCAGGAGGAGAGGCGCUGUGGAGACUUCAACCUCUUCCACAUGAUCGCUGUGGGGCUCAGCAGCUCCAUCCUGGGCUGCCUGGUCACUCUGCUCGUCUACUCUUACUGCCAGCGCUACCAGCAGCAGGCCCACGACGCCACCGUCAUCCACCCCAUCUCUGCGGCGCCGCUCAACACCAGCAUCACCAACCACAUCAACAAACUGGACAAGUACGACUCCGUGGAGGCCAUCAAGGCCUUCAACAAAAACAACCUGAUUCUGGAAGAAAGGAACAAGUACUUCAACCCACAGCUUGCUGGGAAGACGUACACCAACGCAUACUUCACCGACCUCAACACCUACGAUGACUAUUAACCCUAAACUCCUAGAGCGGAGACGCUCCCCCUGUUGUCCGCUCCCCCUGUUGUCCGCUCCCCCUGUAAACUUUGUGCUUCGUAUUGAGAUUCAUGGCGCCAUGCGUGGGACGGGCCCACUGCGAGACUCUACGGCAGCUCGUAUGACGAAAAGACAAACAACGGAGGGAGCCGCCGCUCUCUCAGGUGCCUUGGGGUGCACGUGGAAAACUCACCGUGCUCAGACUCUAAAUGGACCGCCGGAUGUGGACGGACAAAAAGACACUGCUGGAAAUGAGAUUCCCUCCAACUUCCUUUGGAUGCCUCUAAAAACAGACGUUUGUAACGAUCGGAGAAAAACAAAUUGCUUUGCAUGACGUCAUCUGGUUCAGUUGUUCCGGUUAGUUUUUGCAUGACCGUUCCAGGGUUCCAGCAGCGUUUGCUCUUCUUGGGCGCCGGAUUAGACUAAAACUAAAAAUCGAAGCGAAGAUGCGUGGUGGUGUUCAGCAUUAACUGCAGCAGUAAACUCCUGCCCGAGCCCGUGGUCAAACGUUCACGUUUCUUUUUUAUUUUUAUUUCUCUUUAGCAGCUAGAAAAGUAUGAGCUAUCAAUGUAAAUGUAACAUUUGUGUUUUUAUUAUUAUGUUUUUGUACAGAAAAUUAAGUUUGUCGCCUACGUCUGUAGAUUUUCUAACUGCAUUUAGUCGAUGUCUCCAGUGUUUGAAGAACAUGUUCUUUUAAAAAAAAAAACAGUUUUACGUGCAUUUUGGCAACUAAUUGGAGGUAUUUCAUCACAUUAUGAUAGGUCGUUGUACCUUUUAUAUAUUUUUUGUAAAAAAAAAAAAAAAACUAAACUAAAAAAACAAA